CUGUGUAGGCUGUAGUGUAUGCACGUCUUUGGUCUUGCUCGAUGGAAGCAGAAAGCAGCCCAGCUCCGCUCGCCAUGGAGGUAGAAACUAGUACCCCAGCCCCGCAGCAGCAGCCGCCUCUCCACCGCAACCCGCUCGCCAUCGUCAAUAUCGUGAUGAUCGGCAUCGGCGCUGUGGCCGGCCCGCUCAUCCUCCGCUCCUACUUCGUCCACGGCGGUAGCCGCAAGUGGCUCUCCAGCUUCCUCCAGACAUCCGGAUGGCCCCUUCUCCUCCCGCAUCUCAUCUUCCGCCGCCGCAAAGACUGUUGCUCGCCUCUUUUCCUAUUGCCUCCUUGGCUCCUCGCCGUGUCGGCCGCCUUGGGUGUCGGGAUCGGGCUCAGCGAUUUCCUCUACGCCUACGGCCUCGCCGACCUCCCGGUGUCCACCUCCUCCAUUCUCAUCUCCACGCAGCUCGUCUUCACGGCCUUCUUCGCGCUGGUCGUCGUACGCCAGCGCUUCACCUCAUUCUCCAUUAACGCCGUCGUGCUGCUCACGGUCGGCGCCGCCAUGCUGGGGAUGAACGGCGCCGGAUCCGACCGCCCGGAGGGGGUGUCGCGUGCCGCGUACUAUGUUGGCUUCGCCAUGACGAUCGGCUCGGCGGCCACGUACGGCCUCGUGCUGCCCCUCAUGGAGCUCAGCCAGGCACGGCUCGCUGUCGCUGGCAGGUCGGCCGGCUCGUACAGCCUCGUCUUGGAGAUGCAGGUCGUCAUCGGCAUCGGCGCAACCGCUUUCUGCAUCAUCGGGAUGAUCGUCAACAAGGAUUUCCAAGCUAUCCCACGCGAAGCCCAGGAGUUUGGCCUUGGCCAAGUGGGCUACUACUCUUUGUUGGUUGGAGCCGCCAUUGUUUUCCAGUUCUUCUUCCUUGGCAUAAUUGGUGCUAUCUUCUAUGGCUCAGCGCUUCUCGCUGGUGUCAUCAUGACCUUGCUCAUAUCAGUUACGGAGGUGUUCGCAGUCAUAUUUUUCCAUGAACAUUUCAAUGGCACCAAAGGAGUCGCUCUCGGACUCUCACUGUGGGGUUUCGUUUCGUACUUCUAUGGCGAGAUCCAAACAAAUGCAAAACAAUCUGACAUACCACCGAUUACAGAGCAUUUCGCCGUUUAAACCAUCGUAUAUAUUUUGCCAUAUUGAGUGUAUUUCUCGUGUAAUUUGUACACUAGCCGACAUACAAGCUAUGCGUGAGCUUCCCGGAUUUGUCUAUCAUCAAACCUUUCGACAGAGUUUCACCCACAACUUAUUUUAUGUGUGGAUUGUUAAUGAAAUGUGAUAUCAACAUAUUUUUAGUCUA